UAGACAUCACCUAUUUUUAAAGAAAUCUGAUAUUGCAGGGUUAAUAUUACGAAUGACAGGCGACUACAAUCAUGAUUUAAAAUAUUUGACCAGCAGUUAUAAAAACGGUCAAACAAUGGACAGCAUGCGUGGUUUAGUUUUGGUGCUGUUGGUGGUAUUAUGGAUUUCGGGAGCUGUAUACGUUGCAGCAAGAGGUAUUACACAUGCAUUGAUAUGGAACUAUGAUGGAAAUAAUGCAAUGGACAAAAAUCAAGAUUUGAUUUUACCAGAUGACCUCAAAAAUAUUCAUCGAAUUCACUCUUUACUCAAAACUAAGUCAGAAGAUAUAUAUUUUGCCGAUAGUUUGAACAAGUAUGGAUGUUGGUGUGCACAAAAUGGAACUAGCAAUCCUGUUGACGAACUAGACAGAUGCUGUUUAGAGCACCAGAUGUGCCUUAAAAAGAUAUUAUUAAACGGUUGUCCAGUGUCAUCUAGAUAUUACGUCUUUAAACAGUGUUUUGACUCAAUAUUGAAAUGUACUGAUAGGGAUCAGUGCAAACAUCAAUUCUGUAUGUGUGAUAUCGAGGCAGCUGACUGUUUGUCAAACAGGAAACUUUAUUUUAAUCAACGAUGGAAGGAAGGAAAUAAAGCUUACUGUAUCAAGAUAUGAAUGAACGGCCAACUAAUUCGAACAAUGAAAAGACUAUGCCUAUAAGGUCUGGUUCUCUGUGGAACAAAAGAGUCUUUCUCUGAUAAUCAUUCUUAAUUUAUUCGAGUUUCUAAUGUCUAUAUUUUUUCCUUUGUUAUUAAUAUUACAGAUUCCUUUAUAUUCAUAAAAAUAUAAUUUUG